GUUUUCUCCUUUUCAACACAAUCUCUUUAUUAUACAGUGGAGCCAUAAGUUUCUAUAGCUAGCCAAUAGCCAUGCAGAAGAAGCAGAAAGAGGAAAUAGAGGCAGCGGGGUACUAUUGGUUGGUGAAGUGGAGGGUUCAACUUUUGGGGAGGCAAUGGAACUUCAUGGACAUAACUUCGGCGGUUGUCAUUUUGGGGUUGCAUUGCCUUGCUCUUUUAGCACCAUUCCAUUUCAAUUUGAGUGCUGUUUGGUUGGCCAUGGCUCUGUAUGUUCUCACAGGUCUUGGUGUAACUCUGUCUUACCACAGAAACCUUUCCCACAAAAGUUUUAAGCUUCCCAAAUGGCUUGAAUACUUUUUUGCCUAUUGCGGCACUCUGGCACUUCAGGGAAGUCCACUUGAAUGGGUGAGCACUCACAGAGACCACCACAAAUUUACCGACACGUGGAAUGAUGCUCAUAGCCCUAUUAAGGGAUUCUGGUUUAGUCAUAUUGGUUGGAUCUUUGAUUAUGGUUCUAGGUUUGGAAGUACUGAAGGCCGACUAAACAACGUUGGAGAUCUAAAAAAGCAGCCCUACUAUAUAUUUCUUCAUUAUACAUACCCUUUUCACUCACUUGCACUAGGAUUUCUACUAUAUGCCGUGGGAGGCCUGCCGUUUUUGGUUUGGGGCUUGGGUGUGAGGACAAUACUUUAUCUCCACGUUACUUUUGCAGUAAAUUCAAUUUGCCACACAUGGGGAAAGCAAGUAUGGGAUACUGGUGAUUUGUCCAGAAACAAUUGGUUGUUUGGAUUGCUAGCACAUGGAGAAGGUUGGCAUAACAAUCAUCAUGCUUUUGAGUACUCAGCUCGACAAGGCUUCGAAUGGUGGCAAAUUGAUCUUACUUGGUAUGUCAUAAGAGUUCUUCAAGCUGUUGGUUUGGCAACAGACGUGAAGCUCCCAACAGAGACUCAGAAGAAACAGAAGGCUUUGUACAAGAACAAAAUCAGCAAGGACAGGCUUGAAACAAUAGUCAACAAUGGAAAACUCUAAUCUAAACAAUGAAAUAAUGGAGACUCUAAUUUCAGCUAUGAAUAUUUUUGCUAUUGCUUUGUAAGAUGCCUUUACUAUAGUUUUUUCUAAUAAAAAUAUGCACGGAAUGUUAGUAUUUU